UGUUGUUGGUUUUUUAAUAUGGCGAGUCCCGUCCAGCGUGUGUACUAAAGUCAGGUUGAAUACGUUUAAAGAGACUGACAAAAUGUCUGAACUGACACAGACUCAGUUUGAAUCCAGUGAUGAUGAACUCCCAGAGGAGGUCGCCUUUGAUGCGUCCAAAAGUGCCGCUCUGAAGAGCGUUAAAGAUGCACUGGAUGCAGCCAAAAGAGAAAAGAACCUGUUGAAGGAGAAGCGAAGAAAGAGACAACAGCUGUUUCAAGAACAAAAGAAGAGAAAACUUCUUCCUCAAGAGCUCUUGGAGGAAUUUGAUACAGAACCCCAAAAACAGACAGAUCCAUCAGACAAUAAAGGUAUUAACAAAAAGGUAUCACCAAAGCCAUCACACAACAAUAAAGAUAAGGAACAGGAGACAGGGACCACGCCUAAGAAAACCUCAAAAAGUUUACCAGUCAGCUACAGAGUAAUGAGGAUAAAGGAUGAAUCCGCUGCCAAAUCACUGCAACAAAGGGCCAUGGACUUCGUUCAGUCCCGCCUUUAUGGAUCAGGAACCAAAAGAACAACCAAUGCAGAGCUUCUGUCCCUCAAAAAGAAAAGGGGUCCGAGCCAAGGUGCAGCUGUGGAGUUUGCGAAUAAAAAAUUGGGUGCUUACAAAAAAGCGAGGAUUACAAGGUCCAACAAACGGUUUAUACGCCAGCAGAAACUGAUUCCUUACUGAGACAUAAAA